CUCUGCUCAUCGGUGCUCUUUUCAGCCGAAGUGUGUGUGUUUAUUUUUGACGCUAACUGAAAACAAUAUUUUAGACAAGCUAACGGUGAGCGGUCAGCAAAAACUGUCCAUUUGCCAACGGACGGUCGAGGUAGACACACGCAAUACGUUUCUAACGUUGCGGCAUAAUAAUUAUAAUUAUAAAUAACAAAGUUUCGCCCCCGCAACAACAAAUUUCAUAUUUAUUAUGUCUGAUCUGAUGAAAGGCUUGGCCCAGCCAGAGGUCAAAGAGACGGUGGUGGAAUACGGCACAUUGGAUACAGCGAAUAAGGAAUUGCUCCUUGCUGCACAUUUGGUGCGCCAGCGUGCCUAUGCACCUUAUAGCCAUUUCAAAGUUGGCUCCGCUUUUCGCACCAGCCCCACCACCAAUCGCAUCUUUACCGGCUGCAAUGUUGAGAAUGCCGCAUUUACGCCAACUUCCUGUGCGGAGCGAACCGCUCUCACCAAGGCCGUUAGCGAGGGCUAUCAGCAGUUUGCGGCGGGCGCCGUUGUCGCCUAUAAGCCCGAUGUGUUCGUUUCGCCGUGCGGCGUGUGCCGGCAGUUUAUCAGAGAGUUCGCUGGUAGCACUGAUAUACCCAUCUAUAUAGCACAAGCCCGGGAUGAGCGUUCGCCCGAAGUGCCAUUUGCCAGCGAAGAUCCUGUUCUUUGUACAUCCAUCUUUAAUCUAUUGCCAAACAGUUUCCACGCCUACUAACUAAUCGGCUUAUCUAUUGAGAGUUUCAAGGCUAACAUAAUCGCAAUCACUUUACAUAUAGACACACGUCUGUUUCUUUUAUCUAUACAAUCUACAAAAUAAAGACAAAAUGUUAUUCUAGUGAAAAAAA